AAUGGGAGCGAGCAGAGGGGAGGGAGCAUGAGCCUCGCCCCUUGGCGCCAUCUCCCCUCCCCCCUCCCACCCCGUCUUGGGCGGAGCCGGCGGGCGGGCAGGCGCUGGCCUGGCAAUGAUGGCGGACGAUGGGGACGGUCAGCUAAGGACUGAGGGGAGCGACGGCCUGGGGGCGGCGGGCGCGGAGGAAGAGGCGGCAGCGGGGGGAGGGGGGGGGGCCGGCGAGGCCGCCGCCCUGCCCCGCAUGAAGCGCCGGGACUUCACGCUGGAGCAGCUGCGCGAGUUCGACGGCGCCCGCAAGCCGCACAUCCUGCUAGCCGUUAACGGCAAGGUCUUCGACGUCACCAACGGCAGCAAGUUCUACGGGCCCGAGGGUCCUUACGGAAUAUUUGCUGGCAGAGAUGCCUCCAGGGGACUAGCAACUUUCUGUCUAGAUAAGGAUGCACUCAGAGAUGAAUAUGACGACCUAUCGGACUUAAAUGCUGUACAGAUGGAAAGUGUUAGAGAAUGGGAAAUGCAAUUUAAAGAAAAAUAUGACUACGUAGGUAGACUCCUAAAGCCAGGGGAAGAACCAUCAGAAUAUACAGAUGAGGAAGAUACCAAGGAUCACACUAAACAGGAUUGAACUUUGUAAACAACCAAAGUCAGGGGCCUUCGGAACUGCAACCUCUAUUCCCCAUCACAGAAUAUCUUGCAUCUUUGGGUACAGUUCAUCUGCUGCGAAAAACAUUCAACAGGUUUUGUACAAGGAAAAUAACAUAUACUCACAAUGAAGAUUUGAAUACUAGGCAUUAUUUGUGCUGCCAAACUCUUCUGUUGCAAUUGAUUUGUAAUGUCUAGUAAGGCUUCAUUAAUGAAGAGGGACAAAGAUUUAAAAGACAAAAAAGGCUGUUCUCUUUUUUUAUAUCAGUAAGUGGAAGCCUCAAAUAGUACCUAUUUACAGGGUCUUCAAAGGAGUGAGUCUUUAAGAGAAUGAAAAGCUUGAGUCCCGUUUCAUGUGUUUUCUCCUCUAGUAUUAGAGUAAAAUGUACACAUGUACAUCGAUACCAGUAAUCUUGGCUACUGAAACUGGUGUUUAAAAUGUGAAUUUCCAAAUUUGUUUUGUAUGUGGCUGUGUUUAGCCCUGGCAUAAAAACUUCAGUUUUCUAAGAGAAGUCCAUGCCGAUUAGAAUGGGGUACAAUUAGUACUCUUUUUCUAAAGGAUGUGGCAAAAUUACUUCCUCUGAGCAACUAUUAUCUGAAGCCUGCCGUUUACCCGUUCCCUCCCCCUCAAUGAAAAUCAAUAUUAAUUGUGCCUUAUUUCUCUUGCAUAGACUUGAAUUGUUUUAAGGGAACGCCCCAAAUACGUGGCUUAAUAGUCACUACAAGCAGCAUUGAGACUGAAGUUAGAAUGUUUUGUUGACUGGAAAACCUUGAUGUCAUUCUGUGUAUAGAAUGUAAAGGAAAUACUCAGUGUUACUGCCAUAUGUUAAUAUACAUAAACUUAAUAGCAUUGUGAUGGCCAAAUGCAUUCUCCCAUGCUUCUUUUUAAGUAAUUAAAAACAAAAAUCUUUCCUUUCCCCUAUGCCCCCAAGGAGUUGUUCAACUUUUGGGAGCCUAGCCUUCACACCCCUAGAAAUUGAAGGGGUCGGGGUGUGUGUGUGUGUGUGUGUGUGUGUGUGCGUGUCUGUCUGAAUGCAAGACUUGGGAGGGAUUGUUUCUGCAGAUAUUGUAAAUAUGAGUACCAUUUUAAUAAAGCAUGUACAAUA